AUGCCGGGGAGCACCUUGGUCAUGAGCACCCCGCGACGCGAGAGUGUCAAGGGCACCAUCACCCGCGUCGGCAACCGCAUCGUCAAAACCAACCUCCACCUCCAGCUCCACACCCAACACGCCCAAACCAUCACCAUCCGCCCCACCACCGCCAUCCACAUGCCCCAGCUCGACACCCUCUCCCACCACCUCGACGACGCCAUCCGCACCAUCUCCGCCACCCUCGACCUCGACGCCGACCCCAACUUCAUCAAGACCCAGCUCCGCGUCCUCGCCCAGCUCCCCAGCCUCGGCCCCCACGCCAGCUGGUACUUUGGCCUCCAAGACUCCCUCAUCGUCCUCUGGAUCCGCAUCCUCGAACCCCUCGACGCCCCCGUCCACCUCGGCACCAUGCUCGGCCUCGCCAUCGGCACCGUCCGCCGCCUCGAGCACGACGAAACCGGCCUCAUCUUCGACUACGUCCGGACCUCUCCGGCCGCCUCCGCCGGCCACGUCGAGGAUAUCGUUCCCGGCGAAUACACCCCCGUCCGCGUACGCGAAAAGGUCCGCGUCGAGACCGCAGACCCCAAGCUCAUGUCUCUUUCCGCCAAGCUUAAUUCUGUCCACGCCACCCUUUCCCGCAUAGAAGAGAACCUCGAGGCCGUACUAGCCAAUCUAGCGGGCUCCAAGAUAUCCGAAGAGUAA